AGAAAAAGGCGCCCUCUCUCUCUUGUGCAUCAGCUGUGCAGCGGUCUCUCCCGUUCGCUCUCUCGCGAUCCUCGACCGGGGUGCAGUUAUAAAAACCAGCUGCUCGGAGAGGAACAGCACAUUCGUUCUCCAUUCGUCGUCAAGUCAACAGCUCUUCUUGUUCUGCCUUCCGGUUUCUCGUUCGGUGGCUUGAGAUUGUGCGGUUAAAAUUAUUAACAAAAAAACCCUCGCACAACCACAAACAUCAAAAGAAAAUCAUGCUUAAACGGACACAUUAUUAAAAAAAAAAAACAAAACAAAACGUUAACUAAAAUGCAAUAUUAGCCAAAAACAAGGACUACCGUCAACCAUCCAAAAAUUCUGAUCGAAACCAACAACUGUAAAUGAGUGAAGAGUGACCAAGAAAAAAUUGUGUUUUAGCAAUUUUUCGGCUACAACAAAAAACUCGCCAACGAAAUCAAAAAUCUUCAGUUUUUCGAAACACCCAACACAAAAAACCAACAAAAUGCUGUGGGAAACCAUUGUGGAGGAAAACAACUGCAGCAUGGAUUGCAAUAUCAGUAACACCAACAGUUCGAGUAACAUCAACAAAAUGAGUGGAUCUCGUCGUGCUCGCCGUUCCUUGGAACUGAUGAGCAUGGACCAGGAGGAGCUGUCGUUCUAUGACGACGACUCUGCGCCCCAGGAUCAGCAGCGAUCGGCCAGUCCGGAACUGAUGGGUCUUCUCUCGCCAGAGGGCUCGCCCCAGCGUUUCCAGAUCAUCCGUCAGCCAAAGGUUCUGCCAGCAAUGGGAGGAUCGAGCGAUGUCUCAACCCACACACCGGCUCGCAGCUUCCGCAUCUUCAACAGCCUGUCCUCCACCUGCUCCAUGGAGUCCUCCAUGGAUGAUGAGUACAUGGAACUCUUUGAGAUGGAGUCGCAAAGCCAACAGAGUGCCCUGGGCUUCCCCAGCGGCUUGAACUCGCUGAUCAGUGGACAGAUUAAGGAACAGCCUGCAGCCAAGUCGCCAGCGGGUCUGUCCAUGCGCCGUCCUUCAGUGAGGCGAUGCCUCAGCAUGACGGAGAGCAACACCACCCCACCACCAAAGACCCCAGAGACUGCCCGAGAUUGCUUCAAGCGUCCGGAACCACCAGCAUCGGCCAGCUGCUCUCCCAUCCAGAGCAAACGUCAUCGCUGCACCACCGUUGAGAAGGAAAACUGCCCCGCACCCACCCAAAUCACCCAGGUUACCACCAGCCAUCCACCUCCACUGAGGAAGUGCAUGUCCCUGAACGAUGCCGAGAUCAUGUCUGCCCUGGCCCGCUCCGAGAACCGCAACGAGCCCGAGUUGAUCGGCGACUUCAGCAAAGCCUAUGCCCUGCCCUUGAUGGAGGGUCGUCAUCGGGAUCUGAAGAGCAUCUCCAGCGAAACAGUGGCUCGUCUUCUGAAAGGUGAAUUCAACGAUGAGGUGGCCAGCUACCGGAUCAUCGACUGCCGUUAUCCCUAUGAAUUCGAGGGCGGUCACAUCGAGGGAGCCAAGAAUCUGUACACCACCGAACAGAUCCUCGAGGAGUUCCUCACCGUCCAACAGACUGAGCUGCAGCAGCAGCAGAACGCCGAAUCGGGACUCAAGCGCAACAUUAUCAUCUUCCACUGCGAAUUCUCGUCGGAGCGCGGACCCAAAAUGUCCCGUUUCCUGAGGAAUUUGGAUCGGGAGAGGAACACCAAUGCCUAUCCGGCGUUGCACUAUCCCGAGAUCUAUCUGCUGCACAACGGCUACAAGGAGUUCUUCGAGUCGCAUGUGGAGCUGUGCGAGCCACAUGCCUACCGCACCAUGUUGGACCCCGCCUACAACGAGGCCUACCGCCAUUUCCGAGCCAAGUCCAAGUCCUGGAACGGUGAUGGUCUCGGCGGUGCCACCGGGCGACUCAAGAAGUCCCGCUCCCGCCUGAUGCUGUAGGAUCGAUCGUACAGUUCGUUAUCUAAAUUUUGGGUGUUAUCGUAUUGUAUAUAUAUAGACGUAUAGGGGUAUUUAUUUCAAGCUGCUUUUAAGUUGAUUUUUGUUGAUUUUCAUUUGUUAAUCCCUAGACUAAGUUUCUGGCACUCGCAGACACACACACCCAACACUCUCAUUCAUGCAAAUCAGACAAUUUCUUUCGGAAUUUAACGCUUUUAUUUAGUUAUUAUUGUUUUUAUGAAUUCGGCUUUAGUUCAAUUAUUUAAGCACUCUAGUUCAAAUUUAAAAGGUAACCAUCGAACAAGCAAACGAAAAAUGUGCAUUAUAAUCUAAAAACGUGGAGGAACACUGUCAUUUAAAUUUAAGAGGCCGAUCCCCCAAUCAGACCCCUUAAUCACUUGUAGAUGAUAAGCAGAAAAAAGGCUAAAAACAAACUAAAAAAAAAAAAUCAUACAAAAAAUAUCAAACACACGCUCAUCAAUCACAUCCACAUCCAUUUAAAUGUUUAAGAAUUAUCAUUUAAGAGUUGAAAGUUAAAAACUUCUGCUAGGUACAAUUUACGCUUAUUAUUUGUUUAUUUUUAUGUAAUCCGUAACCGAACAAAAGCCUCCUUGAAAGGCAAAUGCAUAUAAGAAAAACAAAUAUUUUACCAUGUAAUGAUUAUUAUUUAAGCAAAGCUUAUUUUUGCAUCAAAAAAGGCAAUAUUAUUGAACAAAGACCAUCAAUUUUAAAUAUACUUAAUACACGACUAAAAACAACUGAA